UCCACAGAUCCAGUCCAGUGUUUGACAGUGAUCCAGGGAGUCCCGAUCCACGGAGCCCGUGCUCCGGGGUUUGUUUGUGUGUCCGCUCGCAGCCUGGAGGCCCUGGUUGUUGUGUGUGUGUGUUUGUGUGUGUUUGUGUUUGUGUGUUUCCUCCUCUCGUGGACUAUCACGGAUCCGUCUCGUCCUCAUCCGGACCCGAGCAGCGGCUCCUUCAUGGGACCGUGUCCCGCAGCCGGCCUCCUCUCUCCGGGAUGUGACCGUGUGGCGGCUGCGCUCCGCUGAGCUGGGAGCACGUUGACUGGAGUCGCCUCCUCGCUCCUCCUCGCUCCUCCUGGUCUGGACCUUGUAGCAGUUUCUCCGGGGUUGUCGGGCCCCAUGGAGUGUACAUGAACCGGCUCGGAUAGGGAUUCCUACCGGGGAGACGAUGUGGGGACCAGGGAGGAGACGCGGGGACCAGCCCUGAGGAGGCGUCCUGUGGCUGGGAGGAGCACGGCCCUCCUGUGGCCCUCCUGCGGCGCUCCGGGACGCUCCUACUAAGAUGUCCCUCAGCAGCGGCCCUGCAGGCGGGAAAGGUGUGGACUCUAACGCGGUGGACACGUACGACAGCGGUGAUGAGUGGGAUAUCGGUGUUGGCAAUCUGAUAAUUGACCUAGACGCUGACCUGGAGAAGGACAAACUAGAGAUGUCGAGCAGUAAGGAGGGAGGGGGCAUGGCCGCCCCUCCCAGCUCUGUGGCUGCUUUACCUGACAAUAUAAAGUUUGUUAGUCCUGUGGCUGCCACGCAGGCCAAAGAGAGCAAAUCCAAAUCCAAGCGCAGUAAAAACUCUAAGGACAGCAUUAAGGCCCCGGUCUCAGACGGAGCCAAGAAAGAGAUUCAGGGUCGGGCCCCCGGGGACCCCCCACCCCAGAACCCCAACUCUACCCCUCCUAAGGGAACUGACAAAUCUAGUAAACCCUCCCGUGCCCUCCCUGCUGUGAAAAAGGACAAGGACGGGAUAUCUGGGAAAACUAAGAAGGAGAAAAUGGAGGUUGUAGCCACAGGAGUGGUUAACACUGAGAAGGAAACCCUGGCCCCCAUCCUGCCAUUGGGGGCCCCUCGCGGCGGCCCGUUCGAGGGCCAAGAAAACCCUGAGUUAGCUGCAGCCGAGCAGCUUGGGAAUAUGGCACUGGACUCGGCAGGGAUUGGUCAGCCUGUCGCCAUGACAACAGAGCAGGAGGAGGUGGACGGCGGUGAAUGCCGAAAUCUGAAGAAAGUCGUAGGUGGUGAGAAGGUAAGAGGAGCCGUUUAUUGUCCAUCUCAAUCAAAUGUUUGGUUGUUUGUACAGCAGCUGGUGAUCAUGGAGGAUGAACCACUGUUACUCUCUCCUCAUUAUUCACAAAUCAAAGACAAGUAA